ACUACUUAUUAUAUAAUUAUAGCAUAUUUCUUUUCAAAAUUUAUGAUUUUAUGUAUGCAGUCAGCUUUACCUUUUAUAUGAUUGCAGUACUAAUCUGCUGAGAAAAUCUACUUUCUCUUAAUUAAAAACGUACAAUAAUAAUAUUGUGCCCCAGUGGUUACGCAUGUGUCGCUCGCCUAUCCAUCUUGUGCCAUAAGUCAGUCAGCGCAUAUUUUACCCUAGCACUUUAAUUACUUUUUUUUCAGUAGAAAGCCGUUAACGUUCUUGUGGUUGGAUGGAAGUUGUCUCGCCAGCUGUACUAGUGUUGGGCUAUUUUUGAAAACGGCAACAACCAUUAAGUGCUCCCGCCUAUUCGCGUUCCAGUCCGAUCGGUAUGAUGCAGCCUGGCGCGCGAGCGCACACAGGCAGACGAAAUGAAUUUUUGGCGGGUGGAAAGCUGAGUAAGUGGACCGCUACCGUGGCCGCCAUCUCCCAGCCCAUGAUGCUAAAAAAAUCAUGUUUGCGCAGAGUGUUGUACAGCUUCCCGACUAGCUAACCAGCCCACACUCAAAAGUAACAAAUCCUAUCGCUACGCCAAAACUGCAUAAGCUCCAAAAUUAUGUUCCACAUCGUCCGAGUGAAUGCGUAAUUUCAUUCGGCCCAAGUUAUUCAACGCUAUCUGUAGUGUGAAAGCGAUAAUUUGCUAUAAUCAGUUUUUUUUUGUAUUCUAUACAUACACGAUAUAUAUAUCUGUACAAUCAACAUGACGCGGCGUCGGUCAAGCUUUUUAUUACCGAAUGUGCAUGUUCCAUCCGAGACGGAAUCGGCCGAUAUGGCCUCUUGGGGCAAACAUCUCCUGCACGUCUUACUCCUAGUUAUCUUCAUCUGUGCCUUCCAGGACCGGUUUGCCUUUCACGGCGACGUGGAAGUCCCGGCCGAACUGGACGGUGAUCAUCUGGCACAGUUUAGUCCGAUUACCAUCGGACUAUGCUACCUGUCACGCAUCAUCACAUUGCUGUAUCUACCGCAAUAUCUUUUCCAGUUCUGCGGAUUGGUCUUCUUUAACGCCUUUAACAGUCAAGUGGUGUGCAAGUAUAAUUUGCUGGAAGCCCCGACGAUUGCGUUCCGGAUUAUCACUCGCGGUGUGUACCCGGGACUGAUACGGGAUACGGUACAGAAGAAUCUGGCGGUGCUGGAGAACUCCGGGAUUCAGCAUUACGUGCUGGAGGUUGUUACGGAUGAAGCCAUCGGACUGGAGGAACGCCCUAAUCUGGUGGAACGUGUUGUGCCGCGCGAGUACCGUACCCGAAAUAAUUCUUUAUAUAAAGCCCGUGCACUGCAGUAUUGUUUGGAUGAGCCGCACGAACCGAUCACCCAUAAUUCAUGGGUGGCUCAUUUGGAUGAGGAGACCAUUCUUACGGAAGAUGCCGUUCGCGGCAUCGUCAACUUCUGUUGUCGCGGGAAGCAUCAUUUCGGCACGGGUCUAAUUACGUAUGCCAACGAUGAUGUUGUCAACUGGUUCUGUACGAUUGGCGAUGCUUACCGCAUUGCCGAUGACUUGGGCCAAUUUCGAUUCCAGUUCAAAGUUCUCCACAAACCGGUGUUUUCCUGGAAAGGAUCGUUUAUUGUGGCUAACCAAGCUGUUGAGAAACGCAUUGGCUUUGAUCGCGGGAUGGAAGGAAGUAUCACAGAGGAUCAGUACUUUGCCCUGAGUGCUGCUCGAAGUGGAUAUUCGUUCGAUUUCGUCGAAGGCGAAGUGUGGGAAAAGAGCACAUUCUCCAUUGUGGAUCAGAUUCGCCAACGUAUCCGAUGGCUGCAAGGAGGUGCGUGGAUCCGCAAAACCACGACCAUUCCCAUGGACAUCAAAAUCUUGCUGCAGAUUAAGCAUAUUGCGUAUUCUGUCGCCCCACUCAUUCUCCCAUCCCUGAUCUUCGGCUUGUUGGGCCCCGUGCCGACCUUUGUCAUUCUGGAUAUGCUGAAUGCCUUCAUUUUUGCCGUUCGAUUCUACGGAUUUCUGUUUGGAAUCGUGCGCAGCUUUCCUAAUGAUCAGCCGUUCAAAACGCUAUGUGUUAUGCUCAGUCCGUUUGUUUUUAUCUGGGAUGUUAUUCUGGAUGCGGUAGUGGCAGUGUGGGGUGCCGCGACAGCUAAAGAAGCUUUGAAAAACGUGGAACAAGAUCUCACGCGACGCAAAAGCAUUGCAAACUAGAACCCUUCUACAAGAUUACCUCUAUAUGUGUUUUAGAUGCAAUAAUUACGAAGUUGUCAGAACCGCUAUUUAAAACUAAUUCCCGUGGUAGUAAAUGUAGCAUCGGGUGUGGCCGUAGGUAAAUGCAAUUCCUUUUGCUUUCAUGUAAGUACACAUCAAACUGCAGCCGGUCCUUAAGCUUGUCGUGUGACUGAAGUACUUCCUGUCAUUGGUACAAUAAUUAACUCUUUCUGGCCGGUUCUAUCCUAAUGUGAUCCCUGUUUGUCAAGUACUAUCUAUUCAUUCUAUUGUAAUAAUUAUGUUUGCCCCCUGUUCAUGAAGAUGCAAUAUGCAAUGAAGUUAUUUUCGUUUCCAAAACCGAUAGAAGCACAUCUUC